AUGCCAACUGAAGGAAGCACGAGGGCUGACAUAAUGCCAUGGUACCCAAGCCUAGACAAGAAAGGUCGAGAAGCAGAGGUCGGGUUCGAACCAAGGACCUUCCAGUCAGUAAAUUCGAGCCAUCUCGCCCCCUAUCUAUCUUCUGAGGUACCAGUAAUGACAAUCAAUAUACUAUUGUCAGCGGAUUCAAAGCCUUCGGCGGAAGGAUCCGUAAGAGCUGCAACCAAAACAUCGUUCAGCUGUAGCAUCCUUUCGAUGCCUAACUGA